AUGGCUUUAGCCCGGAACUCACUACGAGUAUCUCUUUUGUUCCUUUCAACCGCCCACCUCGGUCUAGCCCUAAGCCUCCGGGUCUCACAGGGGUCUCCGUGCGAAGCAGUUUGUCCGAUUGCUGCCGACCACACGAGCGUAGAGCUCCGGUCCCAGAUCUGCUCGGAUGCCGAUUUCUACAACGGUCAGACUGGAACAAAGGCCAGGGGAUGCCUCGACUGUUUAAAGGACAGCAAUUACGUCCUUAAUUACGUCAAUGGCUCGGAAAGCGAUCUAUCCGAUCUUCUGUAUCCCGUCAAGAAAGAGUUUGUUAAUGGCACGGGUACCUGCGACCAUUUCAGAUAUGACCUGGGCUUCGAUGCGGCGGACCUCCAGUCGACGGACAAGUACGAGCACUGUUCGGCAUCGGAGGACUACGAAAAGCUAACAGGGGGUUUCCUCCAAGUCUUGGAAUUCGUAGCCACAGCCUGUUCUCUGAAGCCGAAAGAUGGGACCAAGUUCGGACUAUCAAUCGACAUCUUCCGAAAAACAUCAAGCAACUCCGCCUCUCCAGAUGACGCGGAUGGAGACGAGUAUUCCGACGACAAAAAAGAGGAGCAAAAAGUUCCCCCCACCGUCAUCAUCGGAACGGUCCUCGGAGUGUCUGCGCUGUUCGGACUCGCGGCGGCCAUGUUCAUCGUCCACUUUCGCAGCGAGCGGAAAUUCUACCAGGAAUCCAAGGAGCGACGAUACAGUCGUCUGUUGGCGGCGCGGCUUGAUAGAGAGCUACGAGCGGCUCCUCCCCCUGAACCGCCCUGGGACCCGAAGUGGAGGCCUCGAGAUCUAUUCGACAAUGACAAGUGA